CAGAAGAGAGACGGACCGCAUGCUCAUAUACAGUUUAGUAUUGUAUACUAUCAGUCUCUGUUAUACUGGGACUCUUAUAUUUUUACACUAAAUCUACAUCAUUUCAGUGCAUCUUCAAUAACUUUUAACAUCUAACCAUCAAGCCAUGGCUGUAACCGGCUGCUCUCAGUGCAUUAAAUAUAUGCUCUUCUUCUUGAACUUCAUCUUUUGGUUGGCUGGUGGUGUGAUUCUGGGUGUAUCUCUGUGGCUUCGCCAUGACACUCAAACCAGUAACCUCCUGAUGCUUCAGUUUGAAGGGACCCAAGCUCCAGGCACCUUUUACAUCAGUGUCUAUGUUCUCAUUGCGAUUGGAGCAGUAAUGAUGUUUGUGGGAUUUCUCGGUUGUUAUGGGGCUAUUCAAGAAUCGCAGUGUCUCUUAGGAACGUUUUUCACAUGUUUAGUCAUUCUCUUUGCCUGUGAAGUAGCAGCAGGGAUAUGGGGCUUUAUAAACAGGGACACGAUCUCCACUGAGCUCAUUAACUUCUAUGAUGCUGCAUACAUUAAAGCUGUGGAUCCAGUGGGAACACCAUCCAAACAGGCAGCUGCCAAAGUUCUGGAGGUCUUUCAUGACACACUUGAGUGCUGUGGUAAAGGAGAUGACAAUGAACUUUUCACACCUGUCCGAGCUUCUCUGUGUCCCAGGAUGACUAACCCAAUUGACCUGGUCAUCUCUCAGAGUUGCCACAUUAAGCUAAGGGACCUGUUCUCAGAGAAACUGCACCUGAUUGGCUUGGCAGCACUAGUGAUCGCUGUCAUUAUGAUUUUUGAGAUGAUUUUCACCAUGGUGCUCUGCUGUGCAAUUCGCAAUGCUCCUGCAUAUUGAGUGACGGGAUGAUGGUCAUCCUGAUUUUUGCCAGUGACGGGCAGGACAUCAUUUGACUUCUGGACUCACUCCCACUUUCUCGGUUUAGUUGUCCAAGCACAUGAUAAUCUCUGUGUUUUGUAGAGAAUUGUCUUAUUGAUGGUAUGAGGAGGUUUUGAAAUGUUUAAUAACAAUGUGAUUGAUUUUUAAAGACCGUUAUGCUGUAUUGCUUUACUGUUAUUUAAUUGCAUUCGUUCAGUUUAGAUUGUCAAAACAAUCAAUUCCAUUUUGUGCUUAUGGCCUAAUGGGCUUAGUAGCAGAUGUGCCUUUAAACACCUAAACAGUUGUACCAAAAAAUUAACAAAAAAUGCAAGUGUGAAACUUUUGUGGUGAAAAUCCUUGCAAGGUUUUUAAAUAAAUGUGAUAUGGAUCUUAUGUAAUAAAGCCAUUGGGAUCAAAGUCAAACAAUGUUUCCUGUGUGUACAUGGAUUUUACAAUGUCGGCUACCUGAACUGUUUAUGAUUGAAUUCAAUCUUAUAAAAUGAUA